GCACCAACACCGGUACAUAGGCGCGGACCGGCGUGUCCUUGGAGUUAGAAAGCGGGACGUCCGGCUUAGGAGCGGGAGUGGUAGUAUCGCGCGCGGAAAGAGCGAUUUAAAAAUGGGUGAUGUUGAGAAGGGGAAGAAGAUUUUUGUUCAGAAGUGUGCCCAGUGCCAUACUGUGGAAAAGGGAGGCAAGCACAAGACUGGGCCAAAUCUCCAUGGUCUAUUUGGGCGAAAGACAGGUCAGGCCCCUGGAUUCUCUUACACAGAUGCCAACAAGAACAAAGGCAUCACCUGGAAAGAGGAAACACUGAUGGAGUAUUUGGAGAAUCCCAAGAAGUACAUCCCUGGAACAAAAAUGAUCUUUGCUGGCAUUAAGAAGAAGGCAGAAAGGGAAGACUUAAUAGCCUAUCUCAAAAAAGCUACUAAUGAGUAAUAGAUGGCCACUGCCUUAUUUAUUACAAAACAGAAAUGUCUCAUGCCCUUUUUUAUGUGUACCAUAUUUAAAUUGAUCUCAUACACUAGAAUUCAGAUCAUGUAUGGCUGAUAGAAUGUUUCUGUUGAACAGUCCUGAUUUAAAUAAGAUUGGCUUGUGGCUAAAUGGAUACAAAAGACUUUUGGUAGUAAUUCCAAUCCAGUAAGUGUUAUCCCUGUUUUCCCCUUCUAAAGAUAUGAUUGGACUUGAUUAGUGAUGUUCAACUUUUCACAGAGAUGGUGAAUGUCGUCUCAAAACCUAUAGGAGAUUGGUUUUAUAUGUAAAUUUAUACAACUGGUUAUAGUAAUAUAUUGAAAUACUGAGGAGAUUACUGUCUCAUAGAACAGAGCAAGACUUACCUGUUCCAAGUUGUGUUCAUUAGCCUGUUAAAGGCAAAGGCUGAAGAUAAACUGACAAUGUCCACUUUAUCUUUUUGGUCUUAACUAUACCAAUUCAAUUAAAAUUCCCUAUAUCUAAAAUGUUGCCUUUUACUUAAUGAAAGGCAUUUUAGUGUGGUUUAUGUAUAAUUUCAAAUAAAGACUAUUUAACACUUCUGACAUUU